GCUCCGGCAGCGCAGCAGCCGCUCUCGUCCGGCGCGCAGAGGACGAUGCUGUCCGGCGGGGCGCUGGCGCUGGGCGCCGCCGCCGCUGUUGCGGGGCUGCUGCUGCUGCUGCGCCUCCUGCUGCGGCCGCACGCGUGGGCCGAGGCGGCCUUCCUGCUGCGCGCCUGGCGAGGCCGGCGGGAGCUGCUGCGGGAGCCCGGCAGCCUGGCGCAGCGCUUCGGGCGGCUGGCGCGCUCGCGGGCGGCGCAGGUCUUCCUGCGCUACGAGGAGCGCAGCUUCACCUACGGCCAGGCGGAGCGCGAGAGCAACCGGCUGGCCAACGCGCUGCGCAGCUGGCCGGGCGACGCCGCCGGGGGGCCGCUGCUGCCCGGGCAGACGGCGGCGCUCCUGGUGGGCAACGAGCCUGCCUUCGUGUGGGCCUGGAUCGGCCUGGCCAAGCUGGGCGUCCUGCCGGCUUUCCUGGGCACCGCGCUCCGCCGAGGGGCGCUGCUCCAUUGCCUGCGCGCUUGCGGCGCCCGGGCGCUCCUGGUGGCGCACGAUCUUUUUGAGGCUGUGGAACCCAUCCUCCCUAACUUGGAGGAAAUGGGCAUUGUGGUCGGGGUACUGGGUAAGGGGCCAUACCCUCCUGAGGUGACCAGCCUUGAGGAACUGCUGGAGGAGGCUUCAGAUGAGCCAGUGCCUUACGAUCUCGCUACCCCCGGCAGCCUUUCAGACACUUGCCUGUACAUCUUCACUUCUGGGACCACAGGGCUCCCCAAGGCUGCUCGCAUCAGCCACCUGAAAUGCAUCCUGUGCUUAUGGUUUUAUCAUCUGGUAGGCGGGACCAGCUCUGAUGUGAUCUACGUGUCCCUGCCCCUCUACCACUUGGCAGGGUCUCUGCUAGGCAUUGUUGGCACUUUUGGCUUGGGUGCCACCUGUGUGCUGAAGAAGAAGUUCUCAGCCAGCCAGUUCUGGCCCGACUGCCGGCGCUACGGCGUGACCGUGUUCCAGUACAUCGGAGAGCUUUGCCGCUAUCUCGUGAACCAGCCUCAGAGUCCCCGAGACCGUGAGCACAGCUUACGCAUGGCGGUGGGCAGCGGGCUGCGCCCGGACGUCUGGCGCGAGUUUCUCCGUCGCUUUGGGGACUUGCACGUCGUGGAGACCUACGGCAUGACAGAGGGCAGCGUGACCUUCUUCAACCUCUCAGGAACCGUGGGCGCUGUAGGGCGAGCCUCUUGGAUUUACAAGCGUUUGUUCCCAUUCGAGUUGCUUCGUUAUGACGUCCUCCAGGGCGCUCCGCUAAGAGAUGAGGCCGGCCGAUGCCACCGCGUGGAAACGGGGGAACCAGGACUUCUGGUUGCUCCUGUGACCCCCAUGACACCGUUCCUGGGAUAUGCUGGAGGGCGCGAGCUGACCGAAGCCAAACUCCUGCGCAACGUUUUCGCUGAUGGCGAUUCCUACUUCAAUACCGGUGACCUGAUGGUACAAGAUGCAGACGCUUUCAUCUACUUCUGGGACCGCACCGGUGACACGUUCAGGUGGAAGGGCGAGAACGUCGCCACGACAGAAGUGGGUGAGAUUCUGGGCAGCCUGGACAGUUUUCAAUAUGUCUCCGUCUAUGGUGUCACUGUUCCAGGCCAUGAAGGUCGAGCGGGCAUGGCCACAGUGGUGCUACGGCCGGGUCGGGAGUUCGAUGGGGCCCAGGUCUACACACAUGUGGCCGAGCUCUUGCCUCCGUUUGCUCGGCCUCGCUUCUUGCGAAUUCAGGACCACCUGGAGAUGACGGAAACCUUCAAGCAGAAGAAGGUCCGACUAGCCGCCGAAGGAUUUGACCCAACACGGAUCACGGAGCCCCUUUACUUCCUGGACGAAGCCGCUAAGACGUACGUGCCUCUGACUCGACCUACCUGGGAGGGAAUCGUUGCGGGUGACAUCCGGUUAUAACACCCGCUCUUGCCAAUACAUCGAGCCCAGCGGAGGCCUGCAUCCCAGCAUGCUCUGCUCUGAGCUGGAGGAAACAGGGCAUGCUGGGAAAGUAUGGCAUCCUCCUGGGCAUGUCAGCCUUGAAGGCUGGUAUGUGCCUCUCUCCCUCCAGCCCCUUGUCCCUGAAGACCUCUGGAUUAUGCGCAAUGUUCUGCCCAAUUCACAUCCAGGGUGAUCUUACUUUUGGGCGGGGGGCCUGGCUCAGUCGGUAGAUAAUCUGCUUUGGGUGCAGAAGAUUCCUGGUUCGUUCUCCAGCAGCUGAAAGGACCAGAUAGCUGGUGAUAUGAAAGACCUUGAGACCCUAGGGAGUUAGUUAACCCUGACCUUGAUAGACUCACGGUCUGACUUAGUAUCAGGCAGUUUCGUGUGCCAGCAUGUACUCCUUCACUAACAGCGUGCCCUCGAUGUUGGGCCUCGAUCUGCCUUUCGAUCUGUCCAUUUUGCAUAAAGACUUGUUUUAAUUGAGAAGGGACCCUGAGGCUUCCUUCCCCAGUGCCUGGGGUUGGAUUUCCUCACCUUGCCAUUGGGACAUGAAAUUGAAUUCCAUGGAUCGGUCCCAGCCAGUGUCAACAGGUGUGCGAACUCUGUUGCUCUGUGCGGAGCUGACUUCUGGGAGUCUGGAAAUUUGGGGUGAAUUGCUGCAAAGGGCAAUGGACAACCCCUCUCCCCUGAGAUAGGUGGGUCAGUGGUGACGUAUACAACCAGGGCUCCCUCUUUUGCACUGAGUCCCUAGACAUUUCUGGGCACAAUUCAAAAUGCCAGUUAUUGAAGCCCUAACCAACUUGUGCCUGAUCGAAGCCUUAUUUACAUCUCACCGUGAUCUCUUGGAUAAUUCAAGAAUGCCGUUUUGAUAUGUCACAAUCUCCUUGCUGGGUCGCGCCAAGGUCUGUCUUGAUCAACGGUUGCUCCCAGACGCUCAUAGCAAUUACCAGCUGGAAAGUUCUGGUUCCAAAUUCAAUUCGACCAAGAACUGACCGGUGGCCACUGUCUCUCAGACCACUUUGGUGUAGUGGUCAGAGUGACACACUAGGAAGUGGGGGGGUUGGGGCUCAAAUCCCCACUCAGUCAUGAAACCCUCCGAGUCACCUUGGGCCAGUCACUUUCUCUCAACCUUGCCUACCUCACAGGGUUGCAGUGAGGAUAAAUUGAGGACGGUGAAUGGCAUGUGUAAUGCUCUGUGCUCCUUGGAGGAAGGGGAGGUUAACAAAAUGAUAGAUAGAUGUUUAUCAGUGGUAAUAGUAAUAAUGGUCGACCUUGCAGGACCGUUGUAAAGAUAAUGGACACGAAGUGUUUGGAACACUAGAGAUAAGCUUUAUAUCUGCUAAGCCUGAUCGUCACUAUGAUUUCGGGUAGCGGGUGGGAAGCCAUCUGGUCAGUCCGCUUUCUUCUUAAGUGGAUGCUAAUAUCGCUUUGAGAAGUCAACCUGCUGCCAGGGUGAGGGGCGGAUGGGAGUCAUGGGUAGUGUUUUCUAUUUUUUAUACUCUUUGUAACAAAUAAAGUCUGUUUUGUGUCA